AUGGCUGCAAGAAUGGUAUCGACUGUCAACAACUGGCAAUCGGACGGGAUAUGGGACAUUCGAUGGAGACGAAGUUUCGCUGCUCGCGAGUUUUUCCGGGCCGUGAGAGACGGAGCUUAUGUCAUCCAUCUGCCCGGUUUCAGGAAGGCCGAAAGGAGAAAGGAUGAAGCAUCCGCCGACAAAGCGCGUCUGCAGCGCCGGAACCACCAAGAAAAAGCCGUUGGGAAUACUCUCAUUAAUUUAUGGAACUGCUAUCAUCUAGCCGAUUUCACUGCCAUGUCGACCAUCCAGCAGCGCAAAGCUGAAAUCCUCGCCAAAAGAGCCAAGCUUGCUGAGCUAAAACGGCAACGCGAGCUCCGGCAGCAGGAGUUCAACCAGAACCGGGCCAACGGUGGUGACACUUCAGAGGCCUCAACUCUUGUUCCCAGCCGCUCGGAUAGCAGAGCAGAGCUCGAUGACCUGAUCUCCCGUCUCGUCGACCGUCCUGCGUCGGGUUCAUUCAGUCAUGGUGGAGAUGGCCCGUCGCGCAAAGGGAGCAGGCCGAACUCUGUUCUAAGUGCCAGCCAGCUGAGUGGGGAUAACGUGGAAGCAUUUUCGUCCCCUACGCGACCCCUAUCCCAGUCGAUUGCCAUUCAAACUGACGCUACCGAUUUCCUGCCUGUUGCUACUGAAGCACGACCCCCCUCUGAACCAAAAAAGGAAAUUGUCACCUACAGCAAAAGCGUACAGACAGAUGACUGGAAACGGCCCCGUUCAGACUCGCCAGAUGGCUCGGUUGAUUUCGAGAAUGAGGAUUUGUUAGAGACGUCGCGGUUAAGCAAGAGAUUGAGCAAGAGAGAGCGCGAACUUCAAGAAGAUAUUCGAAAGAAGAUACGUAAGGAAAUUGAGGAGGAGCUACAGGCAUCCCAACAGUCCAGUGGAGAAGAACCGACCAGCCAAUCUUCGCAGUUGAGGUAUCCUCUACGCACACUGUCAGAAGACGAAUUGAAGGCCGUCACAUCAUCCGAAGAGUUCUUUGACUUUGUUGAGAGGUCCACUAAAGUGAUUGAACGUGCUCUAGAUGAGGAUUAUGAUGUCUUGGCCGACUACGAACUCGGUGGGGUGGAUGGUGAAUUAGAUGAGGAUGAAGGAGAUGGAAAGAAGAAGAGGAGCAUUAAGGAAGUCUGUCAGUUCUGGGAUGAGCGGUGGAGCAAGAAACGCAUGAUCAGCGAUCUGAGCUUUUCUCCAAAGUUCCCAGAACUUGUUCUCGCUUCCUACACCAAAAACCCCUCCGCUCCCCAUGAACCAGACGGCCUGGUACAGGUUUGGAACCAGCAUUUACACUCUCGUCCGGAGUAUAUAUUCCAUUCGACCUCCGAUAUCCUUACGGCCAAAUUCUCACCAUUUCACCCCAACCUCAUCAUCGGUGGUUCAUAUUCUGGACAAGUUCUGCUGUGGGACACUCGUUCCUCUCGUGCUGGUGGGGGUGCACCGGUACAAAAGACACCCUUGACGGGUUCCGGACACACGCAUCCGGUCUAUAGUAUUGCUAUAGUGGGAACGCAGAAUGCUCAUAAUAUCCUGACUGUGUCAACAGACGGCGUUGUGUGUGGCUGGACAGUUGACAUGCUCUCCCAGCCGCAAGAAUACCUUGAACUAACUACUCCCCCACCGUCCAAGACUGAGGAUCUAGCCCCCACGUCACUGUCUUUCCCACAGUCCGACCCAACCUUCUUUAUCGUUGGUACUGAAGAAGGGAGCAUCUAUCCCUGUCACCGAUACGAUAGGGCGGGCUCCAAGGCUGGGAUAGACCAACGCCUUGCAUACCGUGGCCACGCGGCUCCGGUCAUGUCAACGGCUUUCCACCCAGCGCGAGGUCCAGUUGAUCUAGGCGACUUGAUGCUCAGUUCCAGUUUAGACUGGAGUGUAAAACUUUGGCGCAUACGUCCACCGGCAACCACGACAUCUGCUACUUCUGCCACAGCUGCACCCCAGGUUGUUUCGCCGAUACUGGAUAUUAAUCGCGAAGAUGUCGUCUACGAUGCCCGCUGGUCUCCCUCCCGUCCUGGCGUAUUUGCCCUUGUCGACGGAGCGGGAAAUGUGGAAGUGUGGGACCUUUAUACGGAUACAGAAAUCCCUGUUGUGCGUACCACGCCAUCGAGGGGCCGUGGUGGGAUCUUAACAAAGGGCUUGAACAAGGUAGCCUGGGAGGAGCGCGAAGGCAGACGCCUAGCGGCUGGUGGCCUCGAUGGUGUGGUUACUGUUUUCGAAGUUGGAAGGGGCCUUGGAGGUACUUUUGAAGAAGUGCCUUCGGAAGAAUGGACAGGAAUGAAACGUUUAAUUGGAAACUUGGAACAAAAAGACCGCGCAGCUUGAAAUUCGAAGGUCGAUUUGAUUCCACUCGUGACUCUCCUCCAUAAUACUAACUCAUACAUCCCUUCUUGGAUUUCGAUGAUCGUCUAUCAUACUCCUUGCAACACCCUCUGAAAGGCACGUUUACGCUUUUAUUGUCAUCACUAGCCGGUUCUUGUUGGUAUGUUACCAAGUUAUUGUGGGAACUUAGCGGAAGAGCUCUCGACUUCUAUAAUUUCCUUGUUUGCAUGAUAUACCCCAAUGAUGUGCCUUUGUAUAUAUCUGUUUAUUUAGCAUUGGUAGAUAUGGAAUGAGAGGCCGCAGAGCCAUAGUUAAUAUAUUUUCUU